AUUCAAAAUUUCAAAAUUUUACUUUAAUAUGAGACAACGGUUAGUAUUUUCUUUAUAAAAAAAAAAGAAAAAAAAAGUCUGGUCUAAGAGACAAAAAGCAGAAAUGAAUGAUCGGUCAAACACGUCAGUCAUCUAACGAACGUCACAGACCUCUCCUCGACGUCCACGUCAGGUGCACGUUAGAACUCAGCACAAAAAUUUCACUAUUCACUCGCACAUACACAAGUCCCCAUCAAAGGAAUCCCUCAUUUCUGACCCAAAAAUGGCAUCCCACCUCUCAAAAAGCACAAAUCCCCAUAGUCUUCAUCAACCAUUUCCCCUUCUCCCACCCUUUUCCAUUUCCCUUACAGGCCUCCCAUGGCUAAACCCACCAACCAGCUGCGCAUUUUAGCACCUCCUGACCCUGAUUCUCCUCCCCUUAAACCCCCUUUCAGAGCUCCUCCCUCUGCUUCCAUGGCUAACAAUCACUCCACUCCUGCAAAACUUGAUUCCGCCAUAGCUGCUGCUGCUCCUCCUCCUCCAAAUCCCUCUCCUUUGUCCAACCACAUCCCAUUUUCCAAACUCCACAGACAAUCUGAUUUUUCGUCUCAAAAACCAAAGAAUCCUAACCCACCUCCACCUUUGACCGUUUCUACUAUGGUCAAAUCAAAACCCCACCUCCAGAAAAUUGCUUCUGGUGGGGAUGAGAAAUUGAGUAAGCUGUGUAAAGAGAUGGGCACUAAGAAGUUUUUUGAUGAGAAGAAGGAAGCUAAUAAAGGGGUUAAUGAUGAUAGUAAAGCUCUCUAUCUCGUGGUGAAGGAGAAGGAGAAGGAAUUAAAAGAGCCUCAGAAGGGGCAUGGUCUUCACACUUUGAGACCAACAGUUUCUUUACUUCGAAAGGAUGGGAGAAGAAGGUCCCUUGCUGAUCCCCAAGUUGAAUUGGCUGAUAUCCUUGCAAAAAAUGGCGUCAAAGUAGUCUCAGUCGACAUGCCUCCGGCUAUGCAGAUCCAUGCUGUGGAUUGUGCAAGAAAGGCUCAUGAUAGCAUGGAGAAAUUCACUUCCAAAACUCUUGCUUUAUCGCUCAAGAGGGAAUUUGAUAGCGUGUAUGGUCCGGCCUGGCACUGCAUCGUGGGGAAAAGUUUUGGGUCUUUUGUGACUCAUUCAGUCGGUGGUUUCCUAUAUUUCUCAAUGGACCAAAAGCUGUAUAUUCUAUUGUUCAAAACUUCAGUACAAAGAGCUGAUUGAAAUUGAAGUAGAUGUCCAAAACAGAGCUGGGAAAUCCAUUAAAUUUGGCAUAGUAGAGUUUAAGAAAGGUAAAAGAGACCGUCCAUCCGAAUACUUGUACAUUGAUUAUGAUGAAGCAACACACCAACAAUACAAAAUAUUCAGUCAUUGAGGUUGAGUGAUAGAAUAACUUCCAAUCUGUUCUCUGGAGAUCUCUUACAAGCUGUUUACUGAACAAUUUUUAUUGCAGUUCUUAAGGUUGAAUGAUAGAAUAACCCUUUUGUUACA